UUUUAAAAAAAAAAAAAGUGGAAACUUCAAAGAUUAGAACAUUAAAGUACUCAUUGUCCACUUUUUUAUUUCUAUAAAGAACAUUUUCAAUACUCACAGAAACAAAUAAUUUCUCCCACUUUGAAUAUCUUAACAAAAACCAACACCAAAAAUCUUUACCAAAUGUUGCUUAGAAAUUCCAUUUCCAACACCAAAAAUUUCUUCAGAAAAACCCUACAAAGCUUCAAAUCAUUCUUCACUGGCUGUGGUAAUGAAACUAAACCAUACCAAAAACUACCCAAAGCUUCUCCUUAUUACCAAGACGACCUAGAAAAGUUCUACACCGAGUUCACUCGCCGGUGGGACGCCACCGCCGACAAGGGCAGCAAGGCAAAGAAGAAAAACAAGAAGAAGAAGAGGACAAUGUCAUUGUCGUCAACUCAGUUUACAACACAAAGAAGAGAGGACAUUGGUGAGUCCAAUGUGGAGAAAAAGCAAGAAUUACAAGGUUAUACAUUUUCAAAGGAAUCUUCAGUGGCACAAAAGCUAAAGGAGAUAGAGAUGAUGGAUGUGAGCAACGUGGAUCAUGUCCUUGAUGUUGAAGAGGUACUUCAUUAUUAUUCUCGACUUACGUGUCCGGCUUAUGUUGAUAUCGUCGACAAGUUCUUUAUGGAUCUUUGCGGUGAGUUUUUUGGGCCGAUUGGUUCUCCGGCGAGUGUUGGUUCGAGACCGAAGUUUGGAUCAGUGAGACAAUAAUCGAACCCUUGGUUAAUUGGUUGUGUUUAGAGAGUUUUGUGACAGAUGAUCAAACAUUGAAGUUGUCAUGGUUUUUUUAUUUCUUGUUUUAUUAUUAGCUUUGAUCUUGUCUCUUUAAUUGUGAUUUAGUUGUGAUUAACUCUGUUUAAAGUGGUUUAUACAAUGUUUACUAUUAAAAUGGUGAACUUGAAUAA